AUGUCUUACUUCCAAGUCAGCUUGCCGAUCGUUCUUUUUUCACUCCAUGGCAUUAUUCCAGAAAUUUCUCUAACAAUGUCACUUUGUCUAAGUACGGAAGACUACACGGUAGCAUGGUUCGCUCCCUCGCAUUUUGAGGCUAGCGCUGCCAUCCUCAUGCUAGACGAACACCACCAAAGUCCGCUUCCGAAUGAAGUCCAACGGCUAUGCUACAGAUUUGGGCGGAUGGGUAUAACAAACGUUGCAAUCGCUUUUUUCCCAGUUGGAGAAACUGGAAUUGGCGUUGCCAGCUAUAUGGCCUCGGAGAUCCAGCGUGACCUGCGCAAUAUCAAGACAGGCCUCCUCGUUGGUAUAGGUGCUGGUAUACCUCGAUAUGGAUGUGAUAUACGCCUAGGUGAUGUGGUGGUCGCUACUUCAACCGAGAAUAAUUCCGGAGUUUAUGAGUAUGAUAUGAUCAAAGUUGAGCCAGAGCAAAUCAUUCUCAAGCAAUGGCAAAAUUCGCCCGAUAGACAUAUACGCUCCGCAGUCACCGGACUCCGGGCUACCCAGGAGACGACCACAAGAUUCAUGUCCAACCUCGAUAGAUUCAGGAGCACAAGCUCCUCUCAACGACCUGUACCCCCAUCCAAUGUCCUCUGUGGGUCAUUUACGCAGCCACGUGAUCCUAUUAUCCAUUAUGGAUGUAUUUUGUCCGGGAACAGUGUUAUAAAGUCUGCCAAAAGAUGCGAUGAGUUAGCCCGUGAAUAUAAUGCCAUUGCGAUUGAAAUGGAGGCAGCGGGAAUGAUGGAUACCUUACCAGUUGCAGUGAUAAGCGGAAUCAGUGAUUGGGCAUAUGCUGAAAAGAACGACUUUUGGCAGGAGUAUGCAGCAGCAACCGCUGCGGCGAUAGCAAAGGAACUUCUAGCAUGUCUAGACGGGAGUCAUUCGAUCAGCCAUCAAUCUCAAAUACGGGACCACCCUAGAAUGAACAGAGCACAACUGAACGUUCUUUUGGCGAACAAAGCGGCUCAAUAUGCACAACCGAAUAUGGAUUGGCAAAACUCCGUUGUCGAUUUGCUCAAAAUCUUGAAUCUCGAUUCAUCGCGCGAAGGAAGGAUGAGGCUAGCUCAGAGAUGGAAUAUCUUGAUCGGAGAAGAUGGCAGUGCUUCACGAAAUGUAGCUCUCCACAGAACCAUCACUGAAAGGCUUGCCGCGAAUAAUGGAGUUAUUCCAGACUCCUUGAUUCGAGGUCUCUCGGUGGCAGGGUACGCCAGUUAGAUCGAAGCACUUCGGAGAAAGGGGACCGUUUUCUCUUGGGGGCCUUCUCUUGAGGUGCAUCUUUUCAGAGUCCGAACUCAAUACUAUUGCUAAAAUUCCAUGUCAAACUCUCAAUCGUCCUAAAGUAUUGAAGACGUGCCGACCAUGACCCAGAGGGCUGGUGUUUCCGGUGGGCCUAGGUGGCUUCCACGAAUGAGAUAGCAAGCAGUUUGAAUUCGAAAGGUCCUCCGUACCAUACAAUUUGUACCAUGUCACACGAGUAAUGCUAUGUUAGAGCCGAUCAUAGU